UGGUAAGUAAGAUAUUGAAGAGUAAAUAAUUGCGUGAGAAGCCGGGUAUUUAAUUAAUAAGUUUAAAAAGAUCUAAAUACAAAAUGCUUGAUGAACAACAACAACGAUACAAAGAUCAGACAAGUAAAGUAGUCGAAGAAAUUAAUAAACCAAUAAGAAAAAUGCAGGGUGAUGCAUAUAGAUGUGCAGCGAAUUGUUGUGAUAAUGAAAAGUAUAGCAUGCAACAUUUACAGGACUGUGUAGAAAAUUGCACAGAUUCAUGGGAUAGAGCACAAAAAUACGUUGGUGGAGAACUUGAAAGGGUGCAGAAUCGAUUACAAAGAUGUUUUAUGGAUUGCUAUGAUAAAAUAAAAGAUCAAGUUGGACCAAAUCCAUCACAGCGUGAUAUGGAUAUAUAUAAAGAUCAAAUGGAUAAAUGUUCAACAAAAUGCCUAGAUAAUUAUUGUGAAAUGUUACCUACUUUAGAAAAAAGAAUAAAAGAAGUUCUAGCUGAAAGAAAGUAUGAAUAGGAAUAUUAAUAAAAUUAAUAAUUCAAUAAUGUACAGUUAUCAGAUUUAUUGAAACCAACUUGCCAAUAGAAGUGUACUGCCACUAAGUAUGCAUUUGCAUUUUUUCUCAAGUGCAACCACUAGAUUCUUUUUACGCAAAUGAGAUCUUCUUAUCACGUGUACAUAAUUCUUCUUAUCUGUAUAUAAAAAUUCUAAAAUAUUAUUGUACUGGUGCACAAAAGAAUUUGUAUGAUGAAAAGAUGAUCCUUAUUAUGAUAUUUAAUUUUCUCUAUCAGUUUUGGGAACUUUUACAUACAACAAAGCUAUAGUUUGUUCCAGUUCCUAAAAUCAACUUGUAUAUACAAUAAACAAUUGAUUGUAUCAUAAGAAAUAAUAUAUAUUUGAACAAUG